AUGCUUCUAAUUCAUGUAUCGUCCAAUUUCCUUGUGUGUUUUCUGUUCCUCGUUCAACUGGAUCUGGCUGCACAGCGAGUGAUCAAUGAGGAUGAUCUGGAACCGAUCAAAGAUGAAACAAAGUAUAAAAUUACCGGUGAUCAUCCAUUGUUCCCGAACAAUAUACCAAAGCCCACCACUACAUCGAAGAGUCCGGAUCCAAAACCGAAUACGCAGACACCGAGUCUCUCAACGAGUCUGCCACCAAGUCUGCCACUGAGACUGCCACCCAGUCGGCCAACAAAAUGGUUACUGGAGAACAUGGAACAGAUUGUCAAAACAGUACCAAACAAUCUCUUCAUCAUCACGGUACAAUCUGUUGUUCGGGAUGAUUAUCAAGGCAUUCGGUUGACACGUAUUGAACCAGAAGGAUAUACUUGGUGGAGCUCGACAUUGUAUACUCCUCNGCACUUUCAACCCGGGAGACCACCUACUUUUGCUCUCUCCGAAACCAUGUGCAAUCCAUGA